AUGGAUGACAAGUUGAAACUUAUAGAGGCGGAACAGGUGAAGAAAUUUGCUUUCUUUGGUGUUUCCGUUUCAACUGUCGCCACCCUCACCGCAAUAGUAGCGAUUCCGAUGCUCUGUAUGUACAUGCAAAAUGUGCAAUCUGGCUUACAAGAUGAAAUAAAUUUUUGCCGAACACGAGCUGUAUCAUUACGAGGAGAAUAUGUGAAACUUGAAUCAGACGCGAAAAUUGAAACGCGAGAGAAAAGACAGACAUACCAGUGCUGCUCUUGUGGAAUGGGACCCGCAGGGCCUGUAGGAAAUCCUGGACAAGAUGGAGCACCUGGAAACGAUGGACGACCUGGAGCACCCGGAGCACCGGGACCGGACGCGCCGGCUGACUUUGUUCCACCAAGGCCAGAAGACUUCUGCUUUGAAUGCCCACCAGGACCUAUGGGUGCCCCAGGACAACCAGGACCGAAAGGACCGCCAGGAACACCG